CAGCUGAUCUGAUGAUGGAGGGCAGUGCUCAGAGGGAAUUAUUUGGGUUAAAGGAAUUAAUUGCGUCAGUUGGUUGGAUGGUGGAGUCAAGACAACACAGGAGUCCCGCAGGAUUCUUGUAAGGAUCUGUAGAUUUACAAAGCCGAAAAGGAAGUUUGCUGGCCUCUAUGUUCUCACGGUUGAAGACGAUGGUAGGGGCUCCGACGCCCCCACCUGCACAAGCUGCUCCUGAGCCUGCACAAGCUGCUCCACCAGCUAAGCCUCCUGAGAAAAAGGAAGACACGACGCCACCCAAACAGGAGGAGAUAAAGAAAGAGGAACCCACAAAAGAAGGAACAAACAAAGAGGAGGAGAAGAAAAAGGACGAGCCAAAGAAGGAAGAGCCUAAGCCAGCUCCGCCUCCAGCUGCUCCUGCCGCCCCAGCCAAUCCAGAAGGAGAGGGCGGUGAGAAGAAUGCACCAUCACCUCCUCCACCGCCUGUUGUCUACUUCCGAUACACAGAUGACACCCUCAGAGGUUUGGUGAAGAGCAUACGGGAGAGAACAGAGACGAUGAAGGAGAAAGUCAUUGAUCCUUAUGCCAGUUCUCCAGAAAUCAGCCCGCCCGUCACGCCCAUUCUGAAGAAGGACGACUACCACCGGCUGAAGGAAGAGGAGCGACUGGCGAAGGAGGAAGCGGACAAGAAGAAGGCAGAGGAGGCAGCCAAAAAGGCAGAGGAGAAGAAGAAGAAGGACGAGGAAAAAAGGUUGGAGGCGGAGAAGAAAGCAGAAGAGGAGAGACUGGCAGAGGAGGCCCAGAAGAAGAAAAAGUUUCUCCCGGAUAUCAACUUCACUUUUGUGGACGUCCUCUUCCGACCUGUAGAGGAAAAGAUGGACACGGUCCUGGGAUGCACCAUCGAUCCUUUUACGGAUCGCCGUUACAUCGCUUGGCUGUGCGUCGUGGCGGUGGCGUACAACUACAACCUCUGGUUCUGCUCGGCUCGCUUGGCCUUCCCGUUCCACAGCGAAACGGCCAACCGCUUCUGGGUGUUUUUUGACAUCUUGAGUGACAUGGUGAAUGUUGUCGACAUCAUGGUUUGGCAGCCGCGACUUCAGUUCGUCAAAGCCGGAGACAUUAUAAAAGAGAGAGUCAUGACUAAGGAACAUUACCGCAAAUCUCCUCAAUUUAAGAUUGACAUCUUCAGCAUCCUGCCCUUUGACCUCCUCUGCCUGCACUUCCAAUUCUCUUCCAUUUACAGACUCAACCGCUUCAUCAGGCUCGCCUCUUUCUUUGAAUUCAGCGACCGACUAGAGAGCAUCAUGGCCAAAGCCUACAUCUGGAGAGUUGCUCGCACCACAGGCUACCUGCUCUACAGCCUCCAUAUCAAUGCCUGUGCCUUCUAUGUGGCCUCAGUAAAUCAGGGCCUGGGCAGCACGACCUGGGUCUACGAUGGGAAUGGGGUGGCGUACAUACGCUGUUACUACUUUGCUGUACGCAGCCUGAUCAAUAUCGGUGGUCUGCCAGAGCCAGUAACCACUUUUGAAAUCACCUUUCAGAUGACCAACUUUUUCAUUGGCGUCUUUGUGUUCUCCAGUCUGAUUGGCCAGAUGAGAGAUGUCAUAGGAGCAGCAACAGCAGGUCAGACUUACUUUCGAGCAUCGAUGGACGGCUGUGUGGCUUACAUGAACACAUACGGCAUACCCAAGUAUGUGCAGAAUAGGAUCAGGACGUGGUACAACUACACCUGGGCGGCUCAGGGCAUGCUGGAUGAGUCGGAGCUGCUGGAUAAGAUGCCCCUGGUGAUGAGGACAGCCAUUGCUGUGGACAUCAACCUCACCACCUUCCAGAAGAUCGCUUUGUUUCAGGGCUGUGACCAGCAGAUGCUGGUGGAUAUGUUACUGAGGCUCAAAUCCAUUAUUUAUCUACCGGGAGAUUUUGUCGUUCAAAAAGGUGACAUUGGUAAGGAGAUGUACGUCAUCAAGAGUGGAGCCGUGCAGGUGGUGGGAGGACCUGACAACAGUAUUGUGUUUGUCACACUGAAGGCUGGUGCUGUGUUUGGAGAAAUCAGUCUAUUGCAGUCUGCCAAAGAUGGAGGAAACAGAAGAACAGCAAACGUCAAAGCUUACGGCUUCGCUAACCUCUUUGUGUUGGAGAAGAAGGAUUUGUUUGACAUCUUGGUUCAUUAUCCUGAGUCUCAGAAGGUGCUGGCCAGGAAGGGAAGGAAACUGACCAAGGGCAAAGGUCCUCCUGCAGCCAAAGUUGAGAAGCCAAAAGGUCUCACUCUGUUUGGACAAAAACCACCAACACCCAAACUACUCAAAGCCUUUGCUCAUUUCACCAAAUUGAAGAAACAAGCGACAUAGUGAAUCCAACAUGGCUGCCUUGCUUUCCUCUUGAAACUUCUCCUGCACCAUUUUUAUUGUAUAUAUUUGUGUAAUAUAAAAACAUCUUUAUUCUCACAGGGACAACAUCACGUGUACAGUAAGAAGUAAAG